CCAACCAUUCACGAAUCGUACUGUUGGAAACCGUACGUGCCCACCCCGCAGGGAAAAACGCGCCAAAUCCCAGAAAAAUGGCGUAAAAUUGCUGUUCCCAACUGAAGGCAACGCAGCACCGACAACCGCCUCUCCAACUUCGAUUCAAGAACCCAAAUUGAAACCCUAGAUCAGUAAUUUUAAUCAAAUUCGUUCUCAUCCUUUAAAAAAAACUAGGUCUAUCUUUUUUUUUUUAUUCCAAAAUAGGCAAUUAGGGUUGUUCAAAACCCUAGACUUCACAUUUCUUGCAUUUUCUAAAAAUACCUAUAGGUGGAAAAACCCUUGGUCAAUUGCCUACUGGGUUAGUGUUUUCCAAGCGAAAGCUUCGAUGGCGAUCAUUGGCGACGCGCUACGGCAAGCGUUUAUGCCGAAGCACGAGUACGAGAGCCUAAGAGAGGAAGACAAAGCUUGGACGAAGCUUCAAAGACCGAUCUUAAUAGGUUCUAUUGGGAUCGUUUGUCUCGCGAUCUUUGUUUGCACAGUUAUAAGCUUGAAGAUCGUGUUUCCGGGAGAUGAUUUGAAGCGACCGUUUUGCGACGACCGGAGACUACAGCCUUUGCCGGUGAAUGUGAAAGGAGGAGGUGGUGGCGAUUCGGAUCUGUUGCCCGGAGCGUUUUCUUUGACUGAUCAAGAGACUGUGGAUUACUAUUGGAUGGUUGUGUUUGUUCCAUCCAUGAUCAUUUUCUUGGCUUCGGUUCUGUAUCUUGUAGCAGGAAUUACUGUUGCUUAUGCAGCUCCAACAAGGCAUGGAUGUUUAAAGGUGGUUGAGAAUAAUUACUGUGCUUCAAAAAGAGGCGGGGUUCGUUGCCUGUCCAUUUUGAAUGUGGUUUUUGCCAUCAUCUUCGGUCUUCUUGCUUUGUUCUUGGGUUCAAGCCUCCUCACAUUAGGGAGCAGCUGCUCAUUGCCCUUGUUUUGGUGCUAUGAGAUUGGUUCGUGGGGGCUGGUGAUUCUAUAUGCAGGAACUGCCAUCUUCUUAAGGAGGAGAGCUGCCAUAAUUCUUGAUGAAGGAGAGUUUGGUAGUCGAAAUCUUGGUUUAGAAAUGUUAGAGGCUAACCCCUUGGAAGUGACCCCAGAUGUGGAAAGGCGUGUUAAUGAAGGCUUCAAAGCAUGGAUGGGAUCAUCCCUCCUAUCGUCUGACGAUGAAGAUGAACCUGAGACUUAUCAUGACGCACCUCAUUUAACACGUACAGCUUCUAACAGGCAGAGAGUGUGAUCUUAUAUCAAGUCACACCUAGUUACAGACUUUCUGUGGAAAAUUUCACUACUUUGCUGUCAGCAGGAAGCUGGUUCAAUUUUGGAGUGUGGAAGCUCACGUGUAAGAGUUGUUCAACCAGCAGCACAUGAAUUCUAAUUGUAGUUUGUCUGGUUGAUUGUGCUGUCGAUUGCUUCUCUCCUCAUAGGUGACCUUCGUAGCUUGUGAAUAGUUAACCACAGUGACUCAUUGCCAUUUGGUGUUUUGCGCCUUACUCAUGAAAAAGUGAUAUGCAUUUUAGCUACACUUUCUUGUAGAGCUCGUGUACUUGCCCAGCUGGGUCAUCAAAGCUUCAAAAUUCAGUAAUGGCAGAAACCAUUAAAAGCUGUUCCUUGUGCC